AUGGCACCAUAUUGGACCGACCAUCUCGAAGAGCUUCAGGAGCUAGUCAUUCAGGACUUCAGAGUGGACGUGACUUUGCAGAGAACAUUCAGCAGAAGGAUGUUCCGUGGUAUGUAUCGUAGGCCUGAAACUCUGGCUGAGAUCUUGGAGAUGUGGGCUGGGACUCAGGAGCUGCUUCUUGAAUGCAUCGACCUCCAAGAGGUUGUCGGUUUGCUGCAGGCUGCGUUGGCAGCCCCUGGAUUGAUCUCCACCUUGCCGCCCAGUGGGGUGAAGGUGCAAGCCAUCUUCGCUGGCAGCACAUGGGAGGUGCUAUGUCAAGGAGCUCCAGCAAGGGAGAGGUCUGGUACCACCAGCACAGGCGACAACUCUUCCGCAGCUGAGGACAAGGCCUCAAAGUUUCAGGCCCUUCUCAGCGCAUGGCAGCAGCCAAGGACCGAUCUCGAGCUGGUUCACUUUCUUCGAGAUGCUACCACGCUUUGCAACGAGCCGAUAGAGGCUCUUCAAGCCUUGGAGGCAGCAGCCCCAUUUGCUGAACGUCUGGCCGCCGGUGCCACUGCAGAGGUGCUCCAACUACUGGAGAAACUCUGCCAAAGCAUUGCACAAGCAGCACCAGACUUGACAGCGGAUCAGCUUGUGCGCCUCCGAGCACUCCCUGGGCACGAUGGUGCAUUUUGGCUACUCGAUGGGCCCGAGGCACCUUCAGUGGGCAGUGACGAGUCACUGGUCGUUCUCGAGCGCCGUUCGCAGGCCUUCCAGAGGCGAGACUGGUACUUCGCAAGUCCUUUUCCAGGAAUGCCAGGGCACCUCCGGCGCCCUAUGGACGUGGCGGGAAGGGUCGGUGCCAGGUUCUUGGCUCCGAUUUUGAUUUUAACGGCGCCUUACGCCGGCCAAGUGUCCAUGAACGCAAAUAUGGGCAAGACCGACUCAUCUGCCGAAUCGCCGCUCACCGCAGCGAUUCUCUCACAGGCCUUGCUGGUGUUGCUUCCCAGCCUUACAACGCCGUACCAUCAUCGGCUAGAAGUUGCCAUGGCUUUCAAGUCCUUGCGGCUGGCGCUAGGCUGCUUUCUGUUGGCUUUGCUUGCACUCGUGGUUGUGCCACGAACCUUGCGCAAGGAGAAAGGCACUUUCCAAGUCCCGUCACGCUUUGCUCCGACAAGAGCUUUGGAGGCAAGCAUCGACGACAAAAUCCAAGCUGUGGAGUCAGUGAUUCCUGAUGGCAGCGUGGACUUGCGCGCGGCAUCUGCGGCAGAAAUCGAGGCCACAGAGACCACAGAGGUACGCCAAGGCAAUCAGAGCCUUUCAUCUUCCAAAACAGCUGUGAUCUCCGAGAGCCUUUCGGCCGGGUCGGCCAGCACCCAACCAGCAAGCACUGGCUCGGAGGAGCCACUCAUCACGGCUGGCCCUGAGAGCAAGGAAGAUUUUCCUUCAGGGCCGAUCCGGCACACGGACGAAAGCGUGCCGAAGACGACACUUGAGAAUGAACACUUGCUCGACGAGGACAGCCUUCAGCUUUACCAAACAAGCAUGACAGUCGUCAAGGAUGCGGCCGUCUCAAGUCCAAAGGCGCUCAGUGACAGUCUCGAUGGUUUGGUCAUUGCUCCUGACUGUCGCUGCACGUUUAUUCUUUCCGGCGCACAUCCGCCAGCAGAUCCUCAAUGCCUCCACAACUGCUCUAGAAUUCACUUCGUGAACAAUCACGGCGGGAUUCGCACAGCUCUUGCGAAUGGACCCCUGGCCUUUCCGCAUGAGCAUGAAGAGCUUUGA